CACUGGAGUCCCAACCCAAAGAUACUUGAAACCGAAUUCCCUACUGUAACUGCUUGACGUAGUUAUAGCUUUUAGACGUCUGAUUUAGAUCAACGGCUAAAAUUAUUUAGUGCAGUAAAAUUGACUGUGAUAUGAACCGUUAAAUCUAAAAUCAACAGAUAAGAUCAACUACUGCGAAAACUGGUUGCUCUCACUACUGCAGGGAAUCGAGAACCAAGAUACUUACAAAAUAUCUCUUCUGUGCUUCAAAUAUCUAACACUUUUUUUUUGCACACUCACACUCAAAUCACUUUUCAAUCGAGUUGCCGGAGUUCUCACCGCACCGCCGCAGAACAUGUCGAAAACCACCGCAUACGGCGGCGACUCUCCCUCGGAAAACUUUGAGACGCCGACGCUAGACAGGGAGUCUCCCACUCUGCUUCAGUCCAUUUCAGAGCACGGUGGAUAUGCGUACGUGAGAAUGGCGGCAGUGGCAGCCUCCGGAGACAUUCGCGCAGCGGAGGCGGUUAGGGAGAUGGCGUGGGAGCAGCUUCACUCUGGACCGUGGCACUCGGUGUUGCCGGUGUGGCGCGACGCUUACUCGAUGGCGUGUCUCCACGUGGCGAAGCACCACUACGGAAACGGUGAGUUGAAGGAAGCGCUUAGGGCUUUGGAUAUGGGGAUUAUUAUGGGAGGGAGUCUACUUAGGAAGGAUUUGGACUCUGCUGUUGAUAUGGUUUCGGAAAAGGCUAGGAUGCUUAGGGUUUCUGAUGGAAACAAUCAAAGUUUUGGUAAUUCUGAGCAUCAACUCGUUGAUCGUGAAUUCGAUGUGUCUAAGGUGCUCAAACUUUUACCUGUUAAGUCCCUUGCUUCUAAGCUUGUGGUGAAGAGGUCCGCCCUGUCACUGGAGAAGUUCCUGAAAGAUCAUUACCUGGCUGGCUCCCCAGUUAUCAUCAGUGAUUGUAUGGCGCACUGGCCAGCCAAAAAAAACUGGAAUAAUAUAGAUUACUUGCUAAGAGUUGCUGGUGACCGCACUGUUCCGGUUGAGGUUGGGAAAAACUAUUUAUGUGCAGAUUGGAAGCAAGAGCUAGUUACAUUUUCAGAGUUCCUUGAGCGGAUAAGGUCGCAUGGCUGUUCUCCUGGUGGUCCUACAUAUCUUGCUCAGCAUCCAUUAUUUGACCAGAUAAAUGAGCUUCGGAAAGAUAUCUUUAUUCCCGACUAUUGUUUUGCUGGUGGAGGGGAGCUAAGAUCUCUCAAUGCUUGGUUUGGUCCAGCUGGAACAGUAACACCGUUACACCAUGAUCCACAUCAUAACAUACUAGCACAGGUUGUCGGGAAAAAGUACAUUCGGCUUUAUCCAGCAUCUAUGUCUGACGAACUUUUUCCCUACUCGGGCACCAUGCUUAGCAAUUCCAGCCAGGUAUUUAGGUUUCUUAACUGUAAAAUUGAGUUAUUUCCUGUACAGUCUACUUGUGCCUUUGCUUGGAAGAAUACCAUAUCACUGCAACCCAUUUGAAUGGCCAAAUAACUCUUGAAGUAUUUCA